AUGACGGUGUCCUACAAUGCUGAUGUCUCAUCUGCAUCUGGCUUCACCUUUUUUCGACUUCUGCUGCGAUGGCGAGGAUCGAUUUGGAAAUCGAUAAUGUUGGAGCUAGUAAUGUGGAUCAUUUUUUACUACAUAAUUUUUGGUGUUUAUCGAUAUGCUCUUCCGACAGGAGCACAAAGGUGUGUUGCACCUUACCUGCAAUCGCUGCAAAACAGAUAUAGAAUAGCAACUUAUUGCGAUAAGAAUCUGGUGCACAUACCACUAACAUUCAUGCUCGGAUUCUUUGUUUCGAUGAUUGUUGAUCGAUGGAGAAAUACAUUCAAUAAUAUGGGAUGGAUAGAGAAUAGUCGAAGAGAGACAGGAAUCUAUGCAGAAUUGAAACAGAGUGGUGAACUGUGA